AUGGAGGACGUAAGUCUUGAAUUUGGCCUCAAGAUCAACCGCAGUAAGACGAAAGUUAUGAUUGUCGACCGCAUGAACAACAACUUGCCAGAAGUUUCUAAAAUAGCAAACUGUGAAGUCGUCCAAUCAUACGUCUAUUUAGGAGCGUUGGUCUCGAACAAUGGAGGUUGCAUAGAUGAAAUUAAGCGACGCAUGGCGAUAUCGAGGUCCGCUAUGGAUAAGGAUAAUGCUUGUACCACAACAACAGGAGCCGCACCGCAUCUUUUUGCGACAGCAAUACAAUUCCUGGCAGCAACACAAUGUUAUACACCAGACAAAAUUUGUCCAGACGACGCAGCCCCUGAUCUGGAGACAUUCGAUUUCAUAGUUGUGGGCGCAGGAUCUGCUGGCAGUGUCGUAGCAAAUCGACUCAGCGAAAUAAGUCACUGGAACGUAUUGCUCCUUGAAGCUGGACCGGAACCACCUAUUGAAUCUGAUAUACCGAGCUUAGACGUUGAGAUGUACCAAAGCAAAUAUGACUGGCAAUAUGUUACAAAAAGUGACGGUGUAAGACAUCAAGGACUACAAAAUGGUACAGUACGAUGGCCUCGAGGAAAAAUGCUUGGCGGUUCCAGUUCAAUAAAUGCAAUGUUUUAUGUAAGAGGAAACGAUCAUGACUUUCAGUCUUGGUUUGAUGAGGGGAAUCCAAGCUGGUCACCGGAAACUGUGAACACAUAUUUCAAGAAAGCAGAAAAUUUGCAAGAUAUGCGACUUAACGAAGAUCUUGAAAUAUACGAAGCUUAUGGACAUGAUGGUCCACUUAUAAUAAAUACCUUUAAUACAUCAUAUGCAGAGCUAACUGAAAAAAUUUUAGAUUCUUGGGAUAGCAUUGGAGUCAAAAAGAUACCUGAUAUUAAUGCGGUCAAGUUCCAUGGAUAUGGAUUAAGUGCAAUAUCAAGAGCAACUGCUGCAAAUGGAGAACGACAAAGCACCUACAGAGCAUAUUUAAAAACAGCAAAUAGUAGACUAAAUCUCAAAGUUAUAACAAACGCAUUCGUGACUAAAAUUUUACUUGAUGAUAAUGCACAAGCGUACGGCGUCGAGGUGGAUGUAAAUGGAAAACAAAAACGAUUUUUUGCAGAUCUAGAAGUUAUUCUUAGUGCUGGAUCUAUAAACACGCCACAUCUAUUAAUGCUAUCAGGAAUUGGUCCUGCAGAACACCUAUUUUCAAAGAAUAUCUUAUGUAAAGUUGAUUUGCCAUAUGUCGGGCAAAAUUUGCAAGAUCACCCUUAUGUUCCUAUUCCAAUAUAUGGGGAUGAGCCGGGAACGGAAAAUAUAGCUGAAAAAAUGUUCGAUGUCUUAAAAUACCUACAUAAUAAAACCGGAUAUUUAGCACACGAAAAUAUAGUAAAUUUGAGUGCUUUUUUCUCCCGAUAUAAACACCUUGAUUAUCCUGAAUUUCAAAGUCACCUUUUAAUAUUCAGGCCAAACUCUUCUGAUGCUCGAACAUAUCUUAGCACAUAUAAUGAUGAUGUGGUAGAUUCUUUUACAAAAUAUAUUUCGGACAAGGCAUUAUACAUUUUUGCAUUGCACAUUUUACAUCCAUUUUCAAGAGGCAUGAUCUAUCUUAAUACGUCAAAUCCAUACGAUUAUCCAAUAAUUGAUGCUAAUUAUUUAGGUGACAACAGAGAUAUUCAAUCAUCAGUCGAUGGUAUAAAGAUAGUAACUAGCUUAAUAAACACUCCUUUUUUCAAAUCAAUUAACGCAUUUAUUCCUAAAAUUGAUUUGCCACAUUGUGUUGAAUAUGAGUUCCUAAGUGAUCUUUAUUGGAAAUGUUACUCAAUCCACAUGACUCAAACAGUUUACCAUCCAAUUAGUACAGCAAGGAUGGGUCCUGAUCCACGAAAUUCUGUAGUAAACAACUUCUUAAAAGUGCAUGGGGUGAAAAAUUUACGUGUUAUAGAUGCCAGUAUAAUGCCGUUUGAAACUAGCGGUAACACUAAUGCACCUACAAUCAUGAUUGGAGAAAUGGGAUCCGAUAUGAUCAAAGCUGAUUAUCUUACUAAAAAAUAA